CAGAUUACGGCGCUAUGAACGAAUCACUCGAAGAAACAGAGGAGGUCACUGGUCCAUCUGUGGAGUCAGCUGACCCAGAAGAACGUAUUAUGGCUAGGCGAAACAGAAUCAAGAAGCGCCUCGAGCAGCAACGCAAGGCUGCAAUGGGUGAGGACUCUCUUGACUCAAAGACCACAAAACAAGAGUUGUCGAAGUCUCGAAAGCAGAUGAAAGCUAGCAAGGACAGAGUUGACAAGCUGAAAAAAGACGGGUCAAAUUUAGUAGAUAAUAUAAAAGUUGCGGCUGAUGAAAGAGAGCAUUUAAGGCGAAAGGAAAUUAAUGACAACAAUAGAUCGAGGGCAGAGCGAUUAGAGGCAGAAGCUAAAACUGCCCUAGAGAGGUUCGAAGAGAUCACAAAACGAUGGCAAGCAGCUGAUAUGAAAGAAAUUCCUCAGGAUUUGCACGAUCUUCUAAUGCAACAGAAGUCAGCUUGCGACGCAAUGAUCGAGGAGAAGAACAAGCUGGUGAAGGAGUUCCAGGAGGAGUUGAAAAGCAAAGACGACCAGUAUGUGAAGGACCUGAAGAAACAGGCGGAGGACAUCGACCUGAUGGUGGAGCGAAUGGAGGACCAAAUCAAGAACUUGGCCAAAACUCAUCGCGAAGAGCUGCUGCAGGUGGAGAAGGCGUUUGUUUCAGAGAGGAAGGAGCACUUGCAGAGCAGUAAUGCCAAGUUUGAAAACCUCAUCAAGUCCAAGCAGGAAAAAGAGGAAAGUUACUUGGCGAAUCGACAAGCUAAAAUGGAAGACAAUGAACGAGUUCUGCAACAAUUGCGAGUGAAAGACGCCGAGGACUACAAUUCUGUCAAGAUAAAAAUGGAGACUGACGUCCAAAUUCUGGAACAGCAGGUGCAGCAGAUGAAGGCAACCUACCAGUUGAACCAGGAAAAACUAGAGUAUAAUUUCCAAGUUCUAAAAAAGCGAGACGAUGAAAACACGAUAACAAAAAAUCAGCAAAAACGAAAAAUCACCAAGCUUCAAGACGUGCUGAACAACCUUAAAGCCAAACUGAGUGAACAGGAAAAAGAUACCAAAAAAGGAAAUGUUUCUCUCAUGGAAGAAUACAAAAAGAUAUGCGAACAGUUUAAAGACUUGCAGAAAAAGGUUAAAGUUUUCCAAGAUGCUGACUACAAGAAAUUUAGAGACCUUUGGCUAAUGAAAGAGGAAAUGUGUCAUGCAAAGGCAAUCAAAUUAUUACAAGCAGACCGAGUUAUAACGGAGCAGCAUUUGGGUCAAAUCUGGAAUGAACCGGAUACUUCAGUGCUUCAAAACCGAGGACCGAUUAUGAAAGUGGAAAAAUUAAAGAGCGAGAAAACUGCUGUCGAGUUUGCGCGUGAAGUUCUCGGUGGUCAAUCGGCAUUGGGAAGCGGCGCAAGCGAUGCAACGGGUGAACAUCAGGGCUCUUCGGUGCUACCGGGAGUCGAUCCGGAGGAGGAGGAAUCACCCGACGGCAUUCAUGUUCCGAUUGACGGAGACGAACAUGAAGAUAUUGCGGAGAUGGAACCUGCGAUAAUACAACGGGUUCUUUCUCUGUUGACUGACGAAUCUGGGUUUCUAAUGGAAUCUAAGCUGAAGCAGCUUCUUAAGCCACUGGAUGGAGAUGAUCAAAGUCUGAUGCGAUUGGAUGCUAUUUUUCAGGCACUGGGUGUUGACACAGAAACGGAUAUACACAAACUUGCAACCUACUUCCUCAAAUACAACAUGACACCGCGGUCAGAAUCGAACGCAGACCCGGACGAGGAGGUGGCAAGGAUUAUUGAAGGUCACAACACUACCAGCCAGAAAUAUGACGACGUUCUAAUCAAGCAAAACGAUGUGGUGAAAGCGCUGAGAAAGUUCAUUCAGGAGAAUCGCAAGUUACAUGUCAACCAACAACAAAGUAUUUUCAAAUCUCUCCAAACUCUGGAAGAGCGCAAUGAUUCCAAGGACAGUGAGUAUUGGCGACACCUGGCCGACAUUGUUCCGGUAGAGCGUGAGAAGUUGUUGACGUCCCUGCUAACGGCCGAAGAGAAGUAUUGUCAGAUUUUGAAGGAGAGGAGCAAGUUGGUGAAUGACACGGAUAGUCUGAGACAGCAGAACGCGGAGUUGAGGCUGCUGCUGAACCAGUACAUCAAUUCGAAAGUAAACCAGGAGCUGGAGGUGCCCCCCACCCGAGUACUUCCCUUGGACAUUCUCAAGUAGUCGCGGGCGGGGACUGGAAAGAAUUCGCUGAAAAGAACUCUCGUCAUAGUAGCUUCCGUAGUGCGGUUAAUCAGCAUACAGGCAAAACUUACGAUCAAUGUCAAUCACAUUGAAAAAAAAAGUUGAAUGUGCCAAGCAAUCAAAGACAUUUUUAGAGACAUUUUCAACAAAUUUUCGCACUUUUUGGUAAUCCGUCAGUUUGGCUCUUUUCCACUUUACCCCACCUUUGAGUUUCAGUUUUGAACAACUGCGUAAACCUUGUUAUAAUGCAAAGAAUUUGACAUAGUGAACAAAUCAACAAUUGUGAACAGAUUUGUUAUUCAUACUUAACAUCGUAACAUCACUCAUUUAGCCACAAUAACACGUUUAAAAAAAAACUAUAAAAAUAGAAAAUUUGAAAUUGGCGGGUGUGAAAGGGCCGUUAGUUUUUGAUAGGAAAUUGACUACUGUAGGUUGCCUGUGUGCUGUUGCCUUAUUUUACUGUUGAAUCAACUCAAUUUCUAUCCAUAAAAUCUA